GGAGGAGAGCAGAGCGAGAGGGCCACUCGGGUUGGUUAGAAGAACCCAAUGCAAGUGUGAGUGAGCUGACGGCACGGCGGACGCGCUCGCCUCUCCUCUCCUCUCCUCUCCUCUCCUCUUCUUCCGGCUCUCCCUCUCCGCAUGCCAUUCCAACGCAUUACCGGUAUUUUUAGCCGCCGGAGGAGACGGGUAGCUGCGUAGCCACUAGCGAGAGAGAGAGGGAGGGGAGAAACCAUAGCUCCUGGCCGUUCUGCCUGCCCAUCCACCGCGGCGCCGGCCGUCCGUCUCCCGUCCACAUCCCUCCUCCUCUCCUGCAAGGUUCCUGUGCGGUAUGGUAUGCUAGCUCGGCUCCCUGUGGAUUCCCCCCUCAUCCGGAAUGUGAUGGCGCGGUGGAUGGUGUUUUGAUCUGUGUUCGCUUUUGGCGGAUCUGGUCGCGCGCAGUAGCGCAGAGGGGUCGGAGUCGGAGUCGGAGUCGGAGAAGAUGAUGGGCGGGUUCCUCUCCAGGGUCCUCCUGUUGGCUUUUGGCUAUGCCUAUCCUGCCUACGAAUGCUACAAGACUGUUGAACUGAACAAACCAGAGAUUGCGCAGCUCAUAUUUUGGUGUCAGUAUUGGAUUUUAGUUGCCCUGUUGACAGUUUUGGAGAGAUUCGGAGAUUUCACAAUAUCAUGGCUACCGUUCUACUCGGAAGCAAAGCUGAUGUUCUUUGUAUACUUGUGGUACCCUAAGACAAAGGGAACUACGUAUGUUUAUGGAACUUUCUUUAAACCAUAUAUUUCUCAGCAUGAGAAUGAAAUCGACCGGAAUCUCCUUGAGCUGAGAGCUCGAGCCACCGACACGGUUGUACUUUAUUUUCAGAAGGCUGCUUCGGCAGGACAAAGUACUUUCUUUGACGUUUUAAAAUAUGUUGCUGCCCAGUCACCUUCUCAGAAAUCAAGGCAACGCCUUCAUCAGGAUUCACAGCAGCCGCCACAACAACAACAACCACAAGUGCAGGUGCAGCAGGCGCAACCACAAAAACAAGCAGCACCUGUUAUGCGCAGAGCAUCAUCUAUUGCUGCUCGGCAAGCAGCAAUGGCACAGCAAUCUCAGGAGACUAAACCCGUUUCAUCUUCGCCCAAGAUCAAGCGUCAAACAUCAGCGAGAUCUGGUUCAGUGGCAUCCACAAAGCCUCCGGUAGCUGCAUCCGCGCUAAAACCUGGUGGUAGCCCAAAGAAAGGCGAGGUCAAACCUGCUGCCGACCCAGUUCAAACUCCAACCACAGGUGCCGAUUCACCGAAACCCGAGCCUAGCGCCCCAUCACUCCCUGGAGCCGAAGGGGUGGACAAGAUGGCCAUCGACGAGGCCAGUGGUGACGCCCCAGAGGGCGCAGAAGAGCUUGACCCUGCGCUCGAAGAGGAGACGCCGAUGGAGGAGACGAUCCGUGUGACGCGCGCCAAGCUAAGGAGGCGCACGGCCACCGAAGAUCCUGCUGGGAAUUAGCUGUUAGCGGCACGAGCAAAGAACGCAUGCAAUUGCAACAUUAUACACUUCAAUCUGGUCACUCCCUGAGUAUCUUCGGGAUGUCACAUCCAGCCGCAAUUUUCAGCCGGCAGGGAAACAAGAACAGCUGUUUUUCUAUCAUUCUCUGUGUACAUGUAUCUGUUUGAGUCCCUGGUACACGCUGCAGUUAGUCUGGCAGAAGCUUUUCCUAUAGUCAUUGGAAGGCCCUCAGAACUUUAACAUGUGAUACUAAAACUUAGUCAAGUUAAUUAGAGCACGGUAGAAUCUUACAUUA